AUGACUCUCACUCCUUUUAAGCCGAGGCUUAUAGCUUGGGGUGCAUCUGGAGUAGUCUACAAGGUCUCAGACCGCAUUGCCGUGAAGAGACGAGUCGUCGAUUGUGACGAAGGGUUUGACUUCGAGAAUGAGAUUCGCGUCUACGAUCUUCUCGAGAGCAACCCCAAUGUCCUUGUUUUUGACCUCCACAACCGGAUCAAGCAGCACCAAACUAACAAUCGGUCGAAAUCCUGGCAGGUUCUCCAUGUCGCUUAUCUACAUCCCCGAGACCUGAUUGUUAGAUGGGUGAGGCAACUGACGGAUGCUGUCGUUACGCUCGAGUCUCUUCGCCUCAUGGACGGUGGUAUUCGACCGCCAAACAUCUUUGUUGACAGCAAUGAAUCUGUUAAGCUUAUCGACUUCGGUUUUACGGCGCCAACUGGAAAUGACGACCCGGGCAUACAGUCGUCUUACAGUAGGUUGCUUCGGCAAGAAGCAGAACCUGAUCACUGGAUCUGGGGGAGUUAUACUCCACAAGCCGAAAAACGAUUUGAGCUGGGUUCAAUUUUCUACCUUUUGACCCGCGAUUACGAACCCUACGAAAAUGAAUGGUUCGGCCGCGAUCAUGGACCGAUCACUAUAGAGCUUCUUCAGGCUGUGAGAUUUCCUGCGCUGGACGGAAGGAAUAUUGAUUCAAUCAUACGGGAAUGCUGGAAUGGAGAAUAUUCGUCUAUGAAAGCAUUGAAAAUUGACACCUUGCAGCUCGCUCAAGAUGAGCCUCUUCCUAUUCCGCGCGUCGUGGACACGAGAGAGUAUGAGGCAACGCAGAAGGAGUGCGAGCAGCGGGUCAAAGAUGGGAUCCUAGAGUCAACUGAAUGGCAGACUCCUCGUCAAUUCAUGGGAUAUGAUCGCGUUAGUAACACGCCAUGUGAGGAUAGUUAG